CCUUUAGUACAUACUCAAUUCUCAUGAAAAUUUUCACUAUGAACUAUCAAUUGUAAUUUUUUAUGAUGGUGACUUUUGCUAAUUUAUUUCCAGAUUGUUACAAACUAGACGUUAUUAAAAGUCUUGUUUACAUAUUUAAAUUAAAUAGGAUUUUUUUUUUUAAUUUUUACAAAACUGUUCAAAAUAUAUCCAGUUAUUUUCACAUUUCCUCUGUGGUUUUUACCGAAGUAAGUUAGUCUCAUACAACUGUAGGUAGCUGCCCCACUUAGGCUAGGUCUGGACUUUUCAUCGACUCUAGGAGGAUAGUAGAGAACAAAUCUCUUCAUUCACCUGCCAACAUCUUUGUGGGCUUUUCUUUACUAUUGGGAUAAAGAAAUCAUCUCGAAAGCUUCAUAAUGUCCAAUGUUGCAGACUCUGAGGAGCCUCCAGAAAUCACAGAGCAGACAGAGACAAUACCUAUUGCGGACUUGGAACCAUCUCUUGACCUUCCUCCUCCUCCUUCUCCUUCUCCUCCUCCAGAGGAUGAACAGAGCCCAAUUUUUGAGCCCAUCAGGGUGAAUGGAAUCAUUGCUGUGAUCCUGGGAAUCUUCACCCUGCUGCUCUUGAUGUUGUGUGGAUUCUUUGGUUAUCAGUACUUUCAAACUGUUGAGGCAUCAGCAUCCAAGAUGAAGAUCUUUCACGAAUGGAUUGAGUCUUUACAAAACAAAACUGAAAAAUUUCUAAAGAUCCAAAAAGUUCUUGACCAAAAUAAAGUCUUAUUGUCUAAUGUAGAAAACCUAGAGUGGCUCCGAAGCCAGAAGGAUUAUCUCAUUGAGGCUUUACAAGAACUAAAGGAGAAACAAGGAGUCAAGUGUGGACUUCCCCUGAAUCACUGGGUUCAGUACAAAGACCACUGCUACCAUCAAACCAUGGAAAUGGUUUCUUGGUUAAACUGUUCUGAUCUUUGUGUCUCUUUGAACGCUACAUUUUUAAAGACAGAAGGGAGUAGAUUGAAGAAUAUCAUGAAAUUAAUUACAGUAAAUCAUACUUGGCUUGGCCUGUCUUACAAGAAGGAGGACAAUGAAUGGAAGUGGGAGGAUGGCUCCUCUCCUUCUCCUGGGCUGAGUUUGCCAGAGCCAGGUCUGGAUUUCCAGGGGAAAUGUGUGUAUGUAAAUUCACACACCGUUGGUACUGAUAACUGCACUAGGUCCUCUUCAUGCUUGUGUGAGAAGACUGUCCACUAAAAACCAGAAGAAGAAAGUUAAGAGAAAAGCUAUGAAGCUCUCAUCUCAAUAAUAUUCCAGGUUCAAGAUCUGCCUGUCUUUAUUCUAUUGUUUUUUCAGAUUAUUUGUAACUUUUUUUUUCAUGGCAGAAAAUGAUACAUGACUUUAUGAUAGAAGAAGGCAAGGUCUAAAGUUGCAACAGAAAUAUCAGAGUAACACAGAAAGGUUAGAAAUUCAGAACCUGUUUGAUUUUGUGAGAAUUAUAUAAAUGAACUAAUAAACAUAUCAUUUAUUAUGACUA